UUUUCGUGUGAAGAACAUUUGAACUAUCAAAUGGGAGCUCUUGGUUUCUUUCAAAGAACUCUCUCAUCAGGAAGAAACAAGGAAGUAUAUCCAUUGCUUGCAUGCGUCUCUUUGUCUUUAGUUAUGGCAACUUUCCUGUCUGUUGAUCAACUGCUGCAUAAUCCAUCCGUAGUGUGGAAAAAAUCUGAGAGGGAAGCUUUUGCUCGUAAUGAACUGGAGAAGAAGGAGAGAUGGUCUCUUCUGUUCCUGCGAAAGUUUCGCGAACAUCCUGUAACUAUCUUUGAUCCCUUAGCUUUUCAUAAGGAGAACAAGUCAUAAAAAUGAUAUGUAAAUAAAUGUUCAUCUUGAUUU